GAUUAACAAAGCCCGCCGCUAUAACCUUGCUAAUCGUUAUUUCUUUCGAUUGGCUCUUUUUCUGUUUUGUUUCGUUUUUCGCAUUUUUUAUUUACAAGUUUUCUCAAAUUGACAGCCAUUCAAAUUAUUGUUUUUUUUUUUAAAAAAAUGAGUACAGUUGCCGUGCUCAAGCUCAGCAAGCGGCUCCUAAGCCAGCGCAUAACCACCGCCCACCGCUCGAUCCCAUCUGCACCACACAUCCUCCAACACCGGCGCCCCUACACCACCGCCAAGAACGCUAAACCGAUCUCCAGUGGCCGCAUAGCGCAAGUGGCCAGCACCACCGGUAACCUUCUCCUAGUAGGCAGCGUAAUGACCCUCUUCGGCUACCUAAUGUACACGCUCUACGACAACCUUCUUUCAGAAAGCGGCACCACACACAUCUACAAUAACAGCCUGGAUCUGAUCCGAGCCCACCCGGAAAUAAAGAAACUCUUCGGCCACUCUGUUGCUGGAUUCGGCGAACCCACCCACGGUCAGAGACAAAGACAACGGGCUAUAGCCCACAACAUAUUCGAGGAUUCCCAGGGCAGGCAGAGACUGACUAUGCAGUAUUAUAUUAAAAACAGAUCGGACAAGAAUGCUGCUGGGUUGAUUGGCGUGGUGAAGGUGGAUUUGGCUCAGUCGAGGUUUACAAAAGCCUGGGAUUAUAAUUAUAUUGUUGUGGAUUUGGUUGAUAAGGCUGAUGGGGGUGUCCGGGGGAGGGUGGAGGUUUUGGUCACGGAUGAGUUUAAGAGAGAGGUUGAGGUUAGCGAGAGUGAGAGGAAGAAGAGGAGGUUUUCGUCCGAAAACAAGGGAUCGUCGGAUGGUUCGUGGUUUAGCGCUUUGAAUCCUGCACAUUGGCGCAAAUAACUUUAGGUUUCACAUUAACAUUUUCAAUGUGUGUAUAAAAAAAUUGUUUGUGACUUCUCCACAACAAAAAAAUAUGACGCCUUCCUUUAUUAUUAGGUUAACCUCAAAGCCACGCGUAUCUGACAUUGGUACAUUUGUAAAAAUAAAACCAAGCUAUUUAUUUUGUGGAGUGAUUCUUUUUCUUCAUUGCAGGAUCAAAAAAAUAUUUAAAAUAAGGGAAUGAUGUAUUGAAUUAUCAAUAAUAUAAAAAUGUUUUAAAGGCAUAUGAACU